GUCCCCACUCCGGCUGUGCCAGGGAAGAAUGCCUCGCUGCUUCUCGGUACGCCCACUUCUGGCACCAGGAGCGGCGCCUUGGCAAAGGCUGUCAUCAUAGUGCCUGAUAAUGCUUGGCUGGCUGGGAGUGUGAAGCUUCAAUCUCUGCUCAGGAUCACCCAGCUCUCCAGCCCUGUUGCAAGGAUAGCUGGGGGAACUGUCCCCUGUGGCCUGCGAUCUACCUUCAUCCAGGGCUUAUUGAGGUUAGAUUAAAUUUGCUGUGAGGUGUAAAGAGGCCUUCACCUGAAAAUUUUGUGAUUGGUUAGGUGUUGUGUUCUUCUCUUCUUGCUGUGACUCCUGCCAAGCAUGGUACCAGAUGAUCAACGUGUCUGAAUCACUCACUCCUUUCCACACCUCUAUGGAGGGGUCUGGCAAUGAAACAAACUGGAGCAUUUCCAUGCCUUCUGGAAGCAAAUACCACCUCUACAUUGGCUUGGCUUUGGCUAUAGGUUCCAGUAUCUUUAUUGGUUCUAGUUUUAUACUGAAGAAGAAAGGACUUUUGAAACUGGCAGACAGAGGAGUCACCCGAGCUGGACAAGGAGGAUAUUCUUAUUUGAAGGAAUGGCUUUGGUGGGCUGGACUGCUAUCAAUGGGAUUAGGAGAAGCUGCAAACUUUGCUGCCUAUGCCUUUGCACCUGCAACCUUAGUUACCCCCUUGGGUGCACUGAGUGUUCUCAUAAGUGCUAUAUUGUCAUCCUAUUUUUUAAAUGAGAAGCUGAAUAUUCAUGGAAAGCUGGGCUGUGUACUGAGCAUUUUGGGGUCAACAGUCAUGGUUAUUCAUGCCCCAGAGGAGGAGGAGGUCACCUCACUAGAUGAGAUGGAAAGAAAGCUGCAAGAUCCAGUGUUUGUUACAUUUGCUGUUCUCCUAACAGUCGUUGCCCUUGUCCUGAUUGUUGUUGUGGCUCCAAAGAGAGGUCAGACAAAUAUACUGAUCUACAUUUUAAUUUGCUCACUCAUCGGUGCCUUCUCUGUCUCAUCUGUGAAAGGCCUGGGCAUUGCCAUUAAGCAAAUGCUGGAGAGGAAGCCAGCCUAUCGCCAUCCAUUGGUUUAUAUUUUGGUGGGCAUCUUGGUGCUCUCAGUCAGCACUCAGAUCAACUAUCUCAACAAAGCACUGGACGUGUUCAACACAUCCCUUGUGACACCCAUUUAUUACGUGUGCUUCACUACAACAGUGGUGACAUGCUCCAUCAUCCUGUUCAAGGAGUGGAGUAGUAUGGAACUGGGUGACAUCAUUGGAACCCUGAGUGGAUUCUGCAGCAUCAUCAUUGGUAUCUUCCUAUUGCACGCUUUCAAAAACACUAACAUCACCUGGAGUCAGCUGAUGUCCACUGUUGCCAAAGAACAAUUCCAUGAAUUGGAAACCAGUCACACUUUGCUGGAGACCAUGGAGGACCCAGCUUUGGUAUAUGAGGAGGACAACGUUUUAUUCAGUCGAUGAAACACUCAAGCAGUGUUCAUCAUCAAAGUAUCAUGAAGUGCAAACUCAGCCCACCCGUGUCUACUAGAAUGCUCUACUUUUCUGCAGUCCUCUGGAAAUUUGUCUGUGAGACCUGUUAAGUGUGGGCCACUCCUCUCUAUGUCAGCUGUUGGCAGUAAUGAAUGAAUAUGUUCAGUAAUAAGCAUGACAGACAGAAACCUGGUGGUGAUUAUAUGUUAGGCAAUGAAAAACAUGGUCCUUUUUUAUGCAGCAUCUCUUCUUGGGAAAUUUUAGCAAAAAAGAAUGGUCUUUGUAAGCCAAAUUUAAAAAAUGCAACUUUCUUUUAAUGAUAAAAGACAAUCCUUGCUGAAGUGGCAGGUACACUGCUAUUAUCUUCAUGAUGGCCUUAAUAUUUAUGGCUUUCUUUAUAUUUUUAUAAUUUAUUGCCAAGGAAGCUUCUAUAUACUCUACAUGAAGGAUAUUCUUUGGAGACAUAAUAUGAAGAAAACAAUGUUUAACCCUUUCAGUUUUUAAUACAAAAUUUAAUGCAAGAUUUUUUCACUCUUGAUGACCUGCCAGUGAACAUUGAUUAGAUGUCACAAAAAAAUUUUAGCAAAUACAAUUCUUGACAAGUCUCAGCUUUUCUACCCAAGGAAUCCUGAAUAGACUGUGAAUCCCUGAAUAUGCCUGUACUUUUUUAAGGCUAAGACAAAGUUUAAGAAAAAGAAAAUUCAUUAGAGGCCUGAAAACAGUUGCUACUGGAUUAAAAAGUUACAUGAGGUUAUAGAAUUAAGUAUUCAAAGGCAGAGGAAAACCAGAACAUGCACUUAAAAAUUUCUACUUUAUAUUAUUUUGAGGAUUAAGAAGAGGCUUUACUUAUUUCCAUACUUCUUCCUAAUACAUCCAUCUAUUAAUUAGAACCCAUUUAAGCUUUUCAAAUUUUUUCCCUCAUUUUCUGGGAAGAUAUUGUUCUUUAUUAAUCAUAAAGCAGUCCUGUUAAUUUUCAUUUUUUUACAAGUGCAAAAUCCGUUUUACAAUCCAUGCACUACUUCUAAAAAUACUAGGUAAAGGAUGGGCUGUAGGCAAGGGGUGAGAAACAUCAGAAUGUCUUUUUUUUUAGUUUGGAUUUUUCAUCUUUUCUUAAAGUUAGUAUUUGCCUCUAUUAGAUGUUUAACAAUAUAUUAACCUACCAGAGGCCUUGAAGAUUGGUAACUGUACUGCAGUACUGCAGUUCCUCAGUUGUGGUCACUGAUCUUCCUGUCACAAAAAAGUUUGCACAGUCUGUGGUUUGCUCAUUACAAUCCUCUUUGUUUUCCACUUUGUAAGUAAGUGAGUAACAUCAGCAAUCAGACAUGUGGGUGGUGACAAGCUCAUCAGAAAGCAGUAUUUGCAAUCUUUGGAUUUUUAAGUGUGAGUCCAGAAAGUUUCCUAGAGGAUGCCAGCACUUCAGCAGUUAAAAACUGGUUUUAAUCAGCUGAGAUUUAUAUGCCAAACAGAAUUUCCUCAUGAAGCAGGCUGUAUGUUUUCUACUGUUCAAACGGUUUAGUAGAAGAGAACAGUUUGGAGAACAGAAAAUAGUUCUGCCAAAGAAAGCUCAUCCUUUAUUUAUAAGAAUAAAAGGGUUGCUGCUUAUAUUUCAUAUAUUUGUGUGGCAUCACUGUUAUUCCAGCAAAAGGGACGUUUUCACAAAAAAUGUACUUGCCUUCAAAAUAUAAUGACAUUGUAUAUGUUGUACAUUUUACAUUAUACAUUUGGAAUAUUUUUCAGCUUGAGUGAUGGGAUUGGCAGCAAUUCUUUACUGUUAAAAUGCUUGUGUUAAAAAAAGCUUCAGACAAGAGAAUCUACUAACAGGGUUUCAUUACUUCUUUGUUAAUGUAAAGAAUACUUUGGUUUUAUGGACCAGAUUCAAGCUUCAAAAUCUUUAUAGUUAAAAACAAGUAAUACAAAUACUAAAAAGACUAAAAAUUGAAGGGUUUUUAUAGUUUGUUUUUAACAAAAACUUGAAUUGCUUUUCACUCUGAAUUACAUAACUCAAAGAAUAACUGAGGAAAACAUAUACUGUAAAAAAGAUAAAAAUAAAUGCUUUUGCAUAGUUUAUGGCCCCUUUAUUUGCUUAUGGACUCAUCACUGUGGUGUGACCAAAUGAGUUAUUUGUAAGAAAAAGCAACCAGUUCAGUUCUUGAAUGGAUGUGCAUUGGCAUUUUUUAAAUAAAUGUCAUAAAACUUUCUUUGAGAAGGGUGUGGACUCCUUAUAUACCAACUGCUGGCAAUAAUUAAUUUAUACCAAGCAAAAUUCCUGUAUUUUCUACUGGACCUGCAUAUCUGCUAUUAUACAUAAGUAGCCACUAAUAAUAAAAGAAUGUUAUUUUCUAACAAUAUCAAAUACUCAAAGUUAAUAGUAAUUUUCAUGGUACAUAUACAUGUAUAUUUCUAACAUGUACAUCAUGUUAGAAAUAAAUUAGUGAUUGACUUUUUGUAUAAAAACAUUUGUUGUAAGAGAUGCUAUUUUUUUAAAUGUUUAUAUUUAAUCACUAGUUUGGAAUAAUUUUGAUUU